CUCAGCAUGUCCAAUGAUGCUUCGGACAUACAAAAGGGCGAGAUCACAUCGCUGACGCGAGAUGUCGUGGACAGCAUAUGCGCAGCUCAGGUCGUGACCAGUUUGAGCCAAUGUGUCAAAGAGCUUCUGGAGAAUUCGUUGGAUGCAGGCGCUAGAAAUAUUACUGUCACCCUCGUUAACAACGGCGUUGAUAUGAUAGCGGUAUCGGAUGAUGGUUGUGGUGUGUCGGAGGAGAAUUGGUCUACGCUUUGCAGUUGGCACGCUACAAGCAAAGUCGACAUUGUAGAGAGCCGAACAGAUGAGCUCCGAUUGGGUUACAGCGAUUUUGGUUUCCGAGGGGAGGCUCUAGCAGCGAUGUGUGGUCUGAGCAAUGGGGGAGUCACCGUCCUCACACGCACGGAAGACUCGAAAUCUGAGACUGGCAAGGUGCUUGUGUAUGAUAAAACCGGUCGUCUUUCGAGCAGUGAUGGGGAGGCCGCACGGGGCGUUGGUACUACUGUCACCAUACGGGGGCUGUUCAGAGGUCUCCCAGUAAGGCUCAGGGAGUUCGAGAGGAAUGCCAAGAAGCAAGUCACGGCGACCGUAGGGCUCAUGCAGGCGUAUGCUGUUAUACGGCACGAUGUAGCUUUCCGACUGACAUGUGAUGGUCGCUCACUACUGGCUACUAAUCCUGAAGAUGACAUGGAAACAGCAAUACGGAAGGUUUGUUGUAUAUCAGCAGCAGAGCUCGCGAGUAUGACUCGACUCGUGUUGGAGGAUGAGGGUGGUAGAUGGAGUCUCAAAGGUUGCUUGUCUCCCCCGACUAGUGUGCUUCGUCCUGGAGUGGUACACGCACAAUGGCUAUAUGUGGGUGGACGCCCAGUGGACAUGCCAACGAGAGUGAGCAGAUGCAUUAACCAGCUGUAUAAGAGGUUCCAGACGACGGUGGCUUUGGAGAGGAAGAGCGGCCGUACAUGGCUAGCUGUGCUGUCGAUUGUAUUUGGGGAGGGCGUGGACGCGGCUGAUGUGAAUUCAUCGAAGGACAAAAGGUCGGUGAUACUGGACUUCGAAACUGAACUGUGCGACAAGAUAACGGAGGCGGUCGAAGAGGAGUGGUCCAGCGCGUCGAGUCAGACUGCCGUUCAGGUCAAGACUAGCAGUUUGCAGCAGAGACGAAUGGAUGGCUGGUUGCGAAAGGAGGAGAACAUCACGAGUAAAACCUCGACCAAAAGAGAGGAGCAGUGGACACCUGGCGAGCCGCAAAAACAACAGUCACCCUCGUCGCUGUCUAGAAGGGUCAGUGUCUGCUCACCACGUGCGGAGGUGAUUGUGUCGAGAGCUACCAUCGCCACACAGCGUGGUCGCCUCUCUGACUGUACUCGUGGUGAGUUCUUCGUGGGAACCAGUGCACCGCAAAUUUCCUAUCCCCACGAGGUCACCCCACACAGUAAAUCUCGAAAUCAGAGCGACUCGCCGGCUUCACCACUCGUUGUCCGGACGGUAGAAGACGUGCUCGCCGAGAGCGCGAAGAAGCAAUCACAGCCAGAUGUAAGCAGCCCCCUCGUGCCUAUAUCCACGGACGACUUGAGUAAGGAGGAUCGCAUCGAGGUGUCACCCUCGGUAGAAGAAGACCUGGACCGAGAAGCAGCAGACAGUGACAUCGCGCGAACGAUAGUGCUGUCAUCAUCAGAAGGCCCUUCUUCGCAUAAGGGAAGCAUCGAAGUUCAGCCCCUUGUUAAGGGAUUACAGGGGUCUCCUGACGGGUCUGUUGUCAUUCAUUCACCAAUGGUUGAAAUUCAAGGUGUCGAGGAUGGCGAAGUGGAGAGGUCCGACACCAAGAAUUCCGACAAAGAAAAUUCCGACGAGGAGAAUUCCGACGAGGAGAAUUCCGACGAGGAGAAUUCCGACGGAGAGGUUGACGAUGAUGCCAGCGAAUUGCUCCAUACAUUGCGGAAGCGACUGAGAUCAGCGAGCCCUGGAAACGUCGGUCGGAAGCUGAUGAAGAUAUCGAGCUCGCAGGAAGAUUCUGGCAACGAGGAGUUUGACGAGGGCACUAAUGCGACAUUUCAUGUGAAGCUUGGGAAGGAGGAUUUCGAAGCUAUGCGGGUUAUUGGGCAGUUCAACAAGGGUUUCAUUAUAACGGCUCUCGAAGGCCGAUGGCUGUUCAUCCUCGAUCAACAUGCCUGUGAUGAGAAGACUAUCUUCGAGACGCUCAACAAAACGUCCGAGUUGAAGUCGCAGCCAAUGAUUGUUCCAGUGAGGCUUAGCCUGCCGCCUCCUCUUGAAUCCUGUAUUCGCGGAUCACGGCGAGAGAUAGAGGCUUGUGGGUUCCGGUUCAAUUUCGCCGACGACGCCCCUAUUGGUUCUCGAGUUCAGCUGACUUCUCUUGGCGUAGCGUCGGGACUGGGGUUUGAGAGGAGUCGCCCGCUCACAAAGGAAGACUUCGUGGAUCUAGCUAGCUUACUGCUCGAUCGUGGGGCGACGGGCCGAUCGGAUGAUGAGCGUAGACAUCGUCUUGGUGGCGUCUGUCGCUAUACGCAUGUGAUUGCCAGUCCCGUCAGCAUCGCUCUUCUGGUCAUCCGCCCUGGGCCACUGCCUACGGCCUCCCCGAGUGUGGUCCAUGCUUGCCUCCCGAGCAUGUAGGACGGCCAUAAUGAUAGGGGACUCGCUGAGUCGGAAGAAGAUGGAGGGAGUUGUUCGAAAAAUGGCAGCUCUCAACCAACCAUGGAAUUGCCCACAUGGUCGACCCACCAUGCGUUUACUUGCAACUCUUUCUGCCCGUGACAGAGGGAAUGAUCCUGUAAUUGAAGAAUAUGCAACCGAAUCAUUCGAUAAUUUACUUCAACGUUUGUAACUAGAUGACAA